AAAAUUAAAUGGAGUGGUUGUCCGAUAAAAAUAGAAACGUUUUAAUGACCCCACUGAAACUGCUAAUGGCUGGCAAACCAUGAUAGCGUGCAUUGCGGGUGAUAUACUGUAGAUGAGUUAGCUUAGCUGCAAAUUCAGUUGACAUGAUCAGUGUAUAUAUAUACAUAUACAUAUAUUUGACACAUGAGACUUAUGUUUGAAACUCAAGCUGACUAACACAUUUCUACCGUGCUUAGCUAAUUGAAAAAAUGUAUGGAAUUUUUUCGGACUUUUCCAAUAGUAAAACCAAAAUGACCUUUUAUUGUAAAGGGUUCGUACAGUAACAUUUUUUAAAUAUAAUUGAUUAUUUAUUCUAAGGUUGUUCCAAAGGAAGCAAAAAUGACAUCACAAAUAACAGAUAAAAAGAUAUAGAUUGUUGAGAAGUAAAUUAUAUGACUACUAUUUCGUGUUAACAUGGAAAUUAAUGGUCAGUUUUUCAAAAAUUAGACUUUUCCUUUGAAAAAUCUUUACCUUGGCUCAAAAGAAGUUGGAUAGCAAAUUAACUCUGAAGCCGGCACAAAUUGUGCAUGUGAAUGGGGAGCGUAUUGGCCGCCGGCUCCCCCAGCCCACCGCCACCCGCCGCCGCCGGUGUCGCCGGCGCGGGCUUGACAGUGCCGCCCGGUUUUGGGGUGCCUUCACUGCCUCCCGUAUCACCCUCGACCGAGGUGACGGCAGUGCAGUCGCAGGAAGUGACUGAUUCACUACCUAAUCCGGGUACAUUUGACGAGUGUCAUCGCAAGUGCAAAGAAGUUUUCCCGAUGCAGAUGGAAGGCGUCAGGCUCGUCGUCAAUAAGGGCCUGAGCAACCACUUCCAGGUGAACCACACGGUGUUGCUGAGCACUUUGGGGGAUUCCAGCUACAGGUUCGGCGCCACUUAUGUCGGACUAAAACAGACAGGUCCAGCGGAGUUUUUUCCAGUUAUGAUCGGAGACAUGGACAACGUUGGCAGCCUUAACGCUCAAGUCAUCCACCAGAUCAGUGACAGCGUACGAUCCAAAAUGGCCUUUCAGACACUGCAACACAAGUUUGUCAACUGGCAAGGCGACGCAGAGUUCAGGGGCAAAGAUUUUACUGCAACUCUUACGCUUGGAAACCCAAAUGUCCUCGUUGGCUCUGGUAUCGCGGUCAUGCACUACCUCCAGGCCCUCACUCCUUCUCUGGCUCUGGGAGGGGAGCUGGUGUACCAUCGCAGGCCGUCAGAAGAGGGCGCUGUAAUGUCUUUAGUCGGCCGGUACACAAGCAACAACUAUAUCGCCACGCUGACCCUCGGAUCGGCAGGCGCUCACGCCUCCUACUACCACAAAGCCAACGAACAGUUGCAGCUCGGCGUGGAGUUUGAGGCGAGUACUCGGAUGCAAGAUACCAGCGUGUCGUUUGGCUACCAGCUAGACGUUCCCAAAGCCAAUUUACAAUUUAAAGGUUCAGUUGACAGUAACUGGGUGGUCGGUGCAACUCUUGAAAAGAAGUUACUGCCCCUGCCUCUCUCCUUGGUCCUGUGCUCUUUCCUCAACCAUAACAAGAACAAGUUCCAGUGCGGUUUUGGGAUUACGAUCGGUUGAAGCAACCGGAUGCACGUUUGUCACGCUCACAGGGGGGACCCGCUCACUUUGGACACUAGAAGCAAUUAUUCAUCACUUUAACGUUGAUAAAAUUUCAUAUUUCUUGUUUCCAAGGUCCCGUCACAGCUCGUUGUGUAUGUUAUUGAAAUACUUGGGUACUAUCCCUGAGCUCAUUGACUGUUGCUUUAUUAUUAUUAUUCUUUUUUUUUUUUUAAUGAUAAUUAUCUGCUGACAGGAAUGACACUUUUUCCUCAUCACUUGCCUUUUUUACGUUAUGUACAUUUCAGCAGUACAUAUUAACUGUAUUAUGCUUAUUGGAAACUGACAGAAUAUAGUGUUUGUAAAGAAAAAAAAAAAGUAUGGUGGGAAAAAAUGGCCACAGCCCCACGCAGAGUGUUUUAAUGUGAAUGGGGGAAAAAAAAGAAAGAAAGUAAAUUCUUUUUUGAGACAAUUUCAAGUUUUAUACACAGAGGAAUGUUUUAGGUUCUGGUUUAUUUCCCCGCAGUAUUAGAAAACAGAAGAGUGGAAAAUUGGGGGCAAAGUCCUGCUCGCGUUUCACCUGACUGACUGUACAACGCUGUCGACGUAGAAGUAGUUCACAGACAAGUUUGACGACGUUCAUAUCUGCUGCCGCCAAACAUUUCCUCCACGGCCAUUUAAUUGCGCCACUGAUAUCGAUGUGCAGAACAAAGGGGUCGGUACCAAGAGCAAAAUAGUAUCUUAUCUGGUGACGUGUCGUCACUGUCACAACUCAUCAGUGCUGACACGUGACUGAGUGACCUUUCAUUUGUUACGAUUCAAUUUCAUUAUUGUCAUUUAUUGUCACCCCCGCCCCAAAAAAAUCUUUGUGGAAUUUUACUGGCCAGUAAAGUCAACACAAUCGAGUUUUGCGUAAAAAAGUCGAACAAAACACUGCUUAAAAUACAUGUUUAGUACGAGAUUUCUUUUACGUUAUAGUGCACUGCUUUAAAUUAUUAUUCAUUAUUUGAAAAAAUUGUAAAAAUAUUUCAUUCUGUUUUCAUACACAAUGGUCAAUUUUAAAAGUAACUUAAAUAUCUAGUACAAAAUUAAUGGAGUAAUUUGUUGACCAUUAAAUAUGAUAAUUUUGUGUUAUUUUUGCAUUAGUAAUGCAUAGUAGAUGACAUGAAUAAAAACAAUUCAUUGAA